GGAGGUUGGACUGGGUGAUCUCCGGAGGGCCCUUCCAACCCCUGCCAUGCUGGGAUUCUGUGACAGCCUGCGGAGGCGGUACACUGCACCUGAGGGACAAAGAGAUUGUACAGAGCUGCCAGGCUGGAGUAACUCAAUGGAUAGCAGCAUGCAGUGGAUUAUUACAGACAACCGCAGCCCAAGGCCAGUGUAGACGGAUGCUCUACAGUAUUUUCCAGAGACGCAAGGCUGGCCAGUUCCGACUAUCUAAAUCCUGUGGUGGAUUGAUUCAAGCCAAUGGAGCCAUUACACAGCGAAACAGAUCAUUUUACAAUACAAAUAAGCACCUUUCUGCAAAAGAUUCCAUGCAUCCAUCUGAAGAGAAAGUGGGUGCUUUCACAAGGCUAAUAGAAGCAAUGGGUUUCACAGGACCACUGAAGUAUAGCAGAUGGAAAAUUAAGGUAGCAGCUUUGCGCAUGUAUACGUGCUGUGUGGAGAAAACUGACUACGAGGAAUUUUUUAACAGGUGCCAAAUGCCUGAUACUUUGAAUUCAUGGUUUCUAGUAGCCCAGCUUCACGUCUGGAUGUGUCUGGUACGAAUGAAGCAGGAGGGUCGCACAGGAAAAUACAUGUGUCGCUAUAUCGUUCACUGCAUGUGGGAGGAUGUUGAACAGCGUGGUAAGGUGAUGGGGAUUAAUUCUGUUGUUCUAAAGGAAGAUUUGAGAAGUAUGGUAGAAAAUUUCUAUGCAGCUCUCUUUGGAUAUGAUGAGGGAAUCUUGUCUGAUGACCACGUUCUGGCAGCAGCUCUUUGGAGAAACCUUUUUAACAGGAACUGUGAGGACCCUCGGCAUCUGGAGUUACUUGUAGAAUAUGUGCGCAAACAGGUGCAGCACCUGGAUGCACUGAGUGGGGAGGACCUGCUGCUGACAGGCGAGGUACGUUCACGUAGGAGGACCCUGCAAGACGUUGCUGAGGCUGGAUCCUGCUGGUGUUGGCGUGCUACCACAGCUCUCCCAGGAGUCUGCACGGCCCCGGUAAGAGUUCGUUCUGACUUCAGGACUAGACAGCUGAUCUCAACUAAUGAUCCCGCUCCAGCUGUGGUCCAUGGAGAGUGAUAGCUCCUUGGGGACAUGAUUCAUCCCAGCUGACUUAGAACCCAGUGUCUGAAUGCUCACACUUGGGCAUGGCUGCAUCUCUCCAGUGACUGUAGCUCGCUCUGUGAUGCCAGAGUUCACUCAUCCCAAAAUACACAGCGUGUGGACAGAAUCAUUGUUCACAUGGCACCAGGCUCCUAAGCUUG